GGGGUCGCUGCCAGAAGUGGCAGCCGAGGUCUAGGCCCGGGGGUGGUGUUGCUCAGGGAAGGAGGUUAACGAGGGGGCCUGGGACAGCUCCCAGAAUGUGGGCUUGAGGGCUUUCCAGAGCCCCCCCACCUCCUUUCCGAGUUCCCUUUGUGUUGCAUGUAGUCUCUCUCCCUCUCUUCUGCAAAGUUUAUUUUUAGCCUCCUGCUCCCCCGCUCCCAGGACUGUCGCUGCACACACGUUGCCUGGUUACCGGGACACGGAGGCUGGGGCUGGUGGGCUGGGAAGGGUGGCUUUAAUUUUGGGGGGGGAGGGUGGAAGUCAGUACACCCCUCCACCUCCAGACUGAUGUCUUAGGGACUUCAGUGUCCCCCCCCCCCCUUGGGACUGGGAGUCAGAUUGGAACGGAGGUGGGAGUAGUGUGGAGCUUCGUGCCCUGAUGGGAGUCAGGAGAUUUUUGGAGGUGGCUCCAGGGUAUAUGGAGGGGUGAUUUGAUUACUUGGGUUCACAAAGACCCCUGAACCCUAGAGGAUGUCCUGGGACUUUGGUUCUCUGUAGCAGGACAGAGAUAAUGGGGUGACACCUGGAUUCCCAAGAGAAGGAUGAGGCUUGGGUGCCGGGGUCCUUAGAAGGGUUUGUCAGGGGCUGCCCCUGCUAACCUGAGUAGGGCUGCUGGUUCAGGACUCUGGGCUCAGGUCCCAAACCUCUAGAAAUCAGGUUCCUGGAACCUGGCAGGGGCUGGCUGGUUUGAGGCGGGGAUUUCUGAAUGGGGCAUAUGGACUAGGGGAGGGGAUGGCUGAACUGGCCAUCCCUUCCUACCUAGGCCCAGGGUUCCCAAGAAGUCUGUGCAGGGGAACACUGAGAAACGAACCCAUUUGGAAAAGGUGGUCCCUGAAGGAGUGGAACUACUGGUCUCUGCCUUCUCAAGGGGAAGGAACCUCUUCUGGAUUUCACAUUGGGGUUGAGGCUUUGGGGAGGCUCAGUCCUGCACCGAGGCCUGGGUUUGCCUUCCCAGAUUGGGCCUACAAGCCGGAGUCAUCCCCUGGUUCGAGGCAGAUCCAGCUGUGGCACUUUAUCCUGGAGCUGCUACGGAAGGAGGAGUACCAGGGCGUCAUUGCCUGGCAAGGGGACUACGGGGAAUUUGUCAUCAAGGACCCUGAUGAGGUGGCCCGCCUCUGGGGGGUCCGCAAGUGCAAGCCCCAGAUGAACUAUGACAAGCUGAGCCGGGCCCUGCGCUAUUAUUAUAACAAGCGAAUUCUGCACAAGACCAAGGGGAAGCGGUUCACCUACAAGUUCAACUUCAACAAACUGGUGCUGGUUAAUUACCCUUUCAUCGACGUGGGUCUGGCCGGGGGUGCAGUGCCCCAAAGUGCCCCUCCAGUGCCGUCGGGUGGCAGCCAUUUCCGCUUCCCUCCCUCAACGCCCUCCGAGGUGCUGUCCCCCACCGAGGAUCCCCGAUCUCCACCGGCCUGCUCUUCAUCUUCCUCUUCUCUCUUCUCUGCUGUGGUAGCCCGACGUUUGGGCCGCGGCUCAGUCAGUGACUGUAGUGAUGGCACCUCAGAGCUGGAGGAGCCUUUGGGAGAGGACCCCCGGGCACGACCACCUGGCCCUCCAGAGCUGGGUGCCUUCCGAGGGCCCCCCCUGGCCCGCCUCCCGCAUGACCCUGGUGUCUUCCGUGUCUACCCCCGGCCCCGGGGUGGCCCCGAACCCCUGAGCCCCUUCCCUGUGUCUCCUUUGGCGGGGCCUGGCUCCCUUCUACCCCCUCAGCUCUCCCCAGCUCUGCCUAUGACCCCCACCCACCUGGCCUACACACCCUCACCCACGUUGAGUCCCAUGUACCCUAGUGGCGGUGGGGGCCCUGGUGGCUCAGGGGGAGGCUCGCACUUCUCCUUCAGCCCCGAGGACAUGAAACGGUACCUGCAGGCCCACACCCAAAGCGUCUACAACUACCACCUCAGUCCCCGCGCCUUCCUGCACUACCCUGGGCUGGUGGUGCCCCAGCCCCAGCGCCCUGACAAGUGCCCGCUGCCGCCCAUGGCACCCGAGACCCCGCCGGUCCCCUCCUCAGCCUCGUCUUCCUCUUCCUCCUCUUCAUCCCCGUUCAAGUUUAAGCUGCAGCCGCCCCCGCUCGGACGCCGGCAGCGGGCAGCUGGAGAGAAGGCUCCAGCAGGCGCCGCCGCCGACAAGUGUGGCGGGAGCCCAGGGGGGCUGGCUGAGGGGGCAGGGGCAUUGGCCCCUCCGCCGCCGCCGCCACCCCAGAUCAAGGUGGAGCCCAUCUCAGAAGGCGAGUCCGAGGAGGUGGAGGUGACUGAUAUCAGUGACGAGGAUGAGGAAGACGGGGAGGUGUUCAAGACCCCCCGGGCCCCACCUGCUCCCCCCAAGCCAGAGCCCGGAGAGGCACCUGGGGCGGCCCAGUGCAUGCCCCUGAAACUUCGCUUUAAGCGGCGCUGGAGUGAAGACUGUCGCCUGGAGGGGGGCGGGGGCCUCUCCGGGGGCCCUGAGGACGAGGGUGAGGACAAGAAGGUGCGUGGGGACACAGGCCCUGGGGAGGCCGGGGGGCCCCUCACCCCACGGCGGGUGAGCUCUGACCUCCAGCACGCCACAGCGCAGCUCUCCCUGGAGCAUCGUGAUUCCUGAGAGCCGUGGGCAAGGGCCCCGUGUGCCCCCCCUUCCCUGAGCUUUUGCUGCCUUAACCCCCUCCCCCCCCAAAGCCCUGGAGGUGAGGGCAGCUCCCUCAGUCUCCUCCCUGCCUCCUCCCUUUCUCCUCCCCACAUUUUGUAUAAAACUUUUAAAUUUUUUUUUUUUAAUGGUAGGGUGGGUGGGUGCCCAGGACUAGGGGCUAAUCUCCUUAUCUCUGGGUUUCUGAGUUCUGGGCAAAGUGGUGGUGGGGGGCGGGAGGGGGGUGUUAAGGGGGGGCACCUCCAUUCUGAGGAUUUCUAUUUGAACAGAGGCUCUGGCCUUGAACACCCAGGAACUUUUUUUUAAAAUUACAAUCGUAGGAAGUAAAGCCUUGUCUCCCUCCCUCUUCUCUGCCUCUUACCUCGUCCUCCCCCCUUCACACCCCACCCCCAGCCCUGACCCUGCCUUCCUUGCCCCUCCAGGGGCUGUGAGUGCCUGGGUUUCUUAUACCCCACAAGGUUGCAGCAGGGGCCAGAGGGACAAUUUUAUAAACCAAAAAUUCUGUGGGGGUGGUGGGGUGGGAGGCAGAGGAAGGCGAGGGGUGCCGCCUAUGGGCCACAAAUCUCUACAAGUGCCUGUCCCCCACCCCGCCCCGGUCCUGGUCCAGUCCCCUCACACCCACCCCCAGCUGCUCCUAGGUCUGGCCCAUGGGCAGGUGGGUCAGGGGACAGGAAGGGGGUCCCUUGAAACCAAACUGGAAGCCCCUCUCUGCCUCCCGGCUGGGGUCCCAGGGGUGGCCUGGAGGGCUGUGGUCAAGCCUUAUUCUGUAUUGGGAAUGGAGGGUGGGGUGGGACCUAAGGGGCUGCUGGAGAAUGUAUUCAAAACAAUAAAACUUUGGACCUUU